GUCUUCUUGGAGCUCCAUUCAUAUGUCCUGCGUCUUCUUGGAGCUGAGCGAGCGUCGUGGACUCGUGGUGGUGGAAGCUUGUGAGGUGGUGGUUGAUGUCGAUGGCGCAGGUGUGCUGUGACUCGGCCGCGGCGGCGACGGUGGUUGUGGGGGUUGGAGCGGAGGCGGAGGCGAGGGCGAGAGCGAGGGCGCGCGCGGAGAGGCGGCGCCGGGUGGGGGAGGCGGUGAACACGAGGAAGCGGCGGGUGGAGCCGGGCGAGGUGUUGGUCCCGCGGAAGCACGGGGCGGCCUCGGUGGCGGGGAGGAGGGAGAUGGAGGACGCCGUGUCCGUGCGGGAGGCGUUCUCGGCCGGGGAGGUCGACGGCGGGAGGUGCGACUUCUACGGGGUGUUCGACGGCCACGGCUGCUCGCACGUCGCGGACGCGUGCCGGGAGCGGAUGCACGAGCUGCUCGCCGAGGAUCUCUGCGCUGACGGCUCGGUGGCGCGGGAACCGGCGGCCUGGACGGCCGCGAUGGAGCGGACCUUCGCGCGGAUGGACGCAGAGGUGACGGCCAGCGGGCGCGGUGCCUUCGCGAGCGGCAGCUGCCGGUGCGACGCUCACAAGUGCGACCACGUGGGGUCCACCGCCGUGGUGGCCGUCGUGGAGGAGCGCCGCGUCGUGGUGGCCAACUGCGGCGACUCGCGCGCCGUGCUCUGCCGCAGCGACGGCGCGCCUGUCCCGCUCUCCUCGGACCACAAGCCGGACCGUCCCGACGAGCUGGAGAGGAUCGAGGGCGCCGGCGGGCGGGUCAUCUUCUGGGAGGGCGCGCGCGUACUGGGCGUUCUAGCCAUGUCGCGCGCCAUCGGGGACGGGUACCUGAAGCCGUUUGUGUCUUCGGUGCCAGAGGUGACGGUGACCGACCGUUCCGACGCCGACGAGUGCCUGAUCCUGGCGAGCGACGGGCUAUGGGACGUGGUCAGCAACGAGGCCGCGUGCGAGGUGGCGCACGCCUUCCUCCGGAGGGGCAGGAAGAAGUGGUGCGCCGAGGCGGCCGCCUUCCUGACCAAGCUGGCCCUCGCGAGGCGGAGCUCCGACAACGUCUCCGUCGUCGUCGUCGAUCUCCGGCGAAGGAAUCACUAGCUUGCACAGUAGUGAGUACUAAGUAGUAGGUGGAAGGGAAAUUUCCAAAGGGCAUUGCGUUGAGAUUAGCGCUGGUUGGGUGAAAGAAAAAAAAAUCAUAGAGCAGUUCGGCAACCGGCGGACAGACGAUGGUGAUAGGCCAUUAUGGAAUUGCAUUUCCUGUAACAGUAGCCGUAGUACAGUAAAACGAUUCUCAAGAGAUUCCGGGUGGUUUUCUCUCUCCUUCAAAUCAACAUUUUUUGCUGUAUUUCUCCCUGAAUCAAAGUUCAGUGGAGCACAUAGAUUAGUUAUUAUGGUUGGGGUCUGGAACAAAUUGGUGUAACCAGAAUUUGGUCUGGAUACCAUUUGAAAUGGAAUUAAAAUUGAGCAAAA